AUAUUUGUUUUGCAUUAGAUUUUCAUGUUUAGUAUUUCAAUUUUUCAAAUUUGUAUAAGUAUAGUUCGAGCUGGAGAAAGUAGUGGGAAAUAAGCUAUAAUUUUCGUCAUUCAAAUUAAAAUUUAAUUGUUAUGGCAAUCGGUAUAAAUGGCUUUGGUCGCAUUGGGCGUGUGUUUCUACGGGAGGCAAUCAGGCGAAAUGAUGUGGAAGUUGCGGCAAUUAACGAUCCAGCCAUGGACGCCAAAUAUAUGGCCUACAUGCUACAGUUCGACUCAACCCAUGGCAAAUUGAAGAAUAAGAUUGAGGUCGAGGGAACGACUCUUAUUGUAAAUGGUAAAAAGAUAAAGGUCAGUAGCGAAUCAGAUCCAAAAAAAAUAAACUGGAAAGGUAGUUGCGUCGAGACGGUAGUUGAGUGUACUGGUCGAUACACCACAAUGGCAGCUGCAAAGGUGCACCUGGAUGCUGGUGCAAAUAAAGUGGUCAUCUCUGCGCCCUCAAAAGACGCGCCAAUGUUUGUGUGUGGCGUUAACCUAGAGAAGUAUCAGCCAAGCAUGAAGAUCAUUUCGAAUGCUUCAUGCACCACAAACUGUCUGGCACCUCUUGCCAAAGUUGUUAACGAUAAUUUCAAAAUUGUGGAAGGUUUGAUGACCACAGUCCAUUCUUGCACAGCCUCGCAAAAAGUUUUAGAUGCGCCGAGCGGUAAACAGUGGCGCGAUGGUCGCAGCGCUAUGUGCAACAUAAUACCCGCGAGCACAGGAGCCGCCAAGGCUGUUGGAAAAGUAAUACCUGAAUUGAAUGGUAAGCUAACGGGUAUGGCCUUUCGUGUGCCCACGCCGAAUGUUUCUGUUGUCGACUUGACCUGUCGUUUGGAAAAACCGACCAAAAUGGAACAGAUCAAGGCGGCUAUCAAAGAAGCCUCCCAAGGCGAAAUGAAAGGCAUAUUGGACUACACAGAAGACUCUGUGGUUUCAUCAGAUAUUAAUGGAUCGCGGUAUGCAUCGGUAUUCGAUGCCAGUGCGUGCAUUGCAUUGAAUGAUAAUUUUGUAAAGCUGAUUGCGUGGUACGACAAUGAGGUUGGUUACUCUUGUCGUUUACUAGAUUUAGUUCUGUAUUCGCAAUUGAUCGACAAAUGCAAAAAAAAAACGAAUUGAUAGCAAGGAUAUCAUAUUUUAGAAAUGCAAAAAAUUAAAUGUAAAUUUAAUACGAU